AUGUGUAUUUAUUUACAACAAGUUCUUCCAUGCUCCCAUGCGUUGUUCCUCUUUGUUGUUUCAGUGCCACACACCACCAAACACACCCUUCAACUUUUUAAGGUUUCCAUUCCUGCAGCUAAUUAACACACACACGUACACACAGUGGGACACUCAAUUGUGUGAACCCUGUAUAUUCGCCUCUAGAUGUUAAUCUUGAGAUUAAGGCAUCAUCUAAUCUUGUUAAACCCACAAUAUUGUCGUUGAUCCGCUUUGUCCAUGUGCGUUAUGGAUGAAUCUCGAGGCGUUGCUAAUAAUGACACCGCUAUUUUAUCCAGUCAAGUACUUGGUAUAGAGGCUGCUGCUUUUCAACAAGAAAUUUCUAAACCAGCAGAAGAUGACGAUGAAGAAGCUCACAAUAAACCUCUCUGUGGUGUUUUCCGUCGAGUCCUGCUCAAUGAGGUUGCAGAGGAAAUGAUAAGGCUGGGAAAAAUAUCAUUUCCAGCGGCAAUGACAACUCUAUUUAUGUUCUCCAAGUCCAUAAUAUCGAUGAUGUACUUGGGUCACAUGGGCAAAGUUGAGUUGGCUGGUGGCUCUCUUGCUAUUAGUUUUGCUAACAUAACUGGCUAUUCUAUCAUGAAAGGCCUUUGCAUGGGCAUGGACCCUAUUUGUUGCCAGGCUUAUGGUGCCAAAAGAUGGUCACUGGUUAGCCAAACUUACCUCAGAACUUUCCUCCUACUCUUGUUCACCACCAUUCCCAUCUCCUUGUUAUGGCUAAAUGUUGAGCUUCUGUUUAAAUACUUGGGUCAGGACCGUGCCAUUACCAAAGUCGCCAAAGUGUACCUGCUCUUCUCUCUUCCAGAACUUCUAGCCCAUUGCAAUCUGCAUCCUUUGCGAUCUUUUUUAAGGACACAAGGCUUGACUUCUCCGGCUACCAUGGUUGCUACCAUUGCUACACUCCUGCAUUAUCCAGCCACAUACUUCCUUGUUACAUAUAUGAAUCUUGGUAUAAAAGGGAUUGCAUUAGCUUCUGUCCUUCACGCCUAUAACAUGAACAUUGGCUUGAUCAUCUAUCUCAUUGCGUCCAAAGUGUCUAUAAAACCUUGGGUAGGGGCUACUGUGGUCUCAAUGUUUCAAGGAUGGCGUCCCCUGUUAAGCUUAGCAAUACCAAGUGCUUGUUCUGUUUGCUUAGAGUGGUGGUGGUACGAGAUCAUCCUUUUCUUGAGUGGCUUGAUGAGCAAUCCGGAAUCCAGUGUGGCUGCAAUGGGAAUCCUGAUCCAGACAACUGGUACAAUUUAUGUAUUCCCUUAUGCUCUCAGCUUAGGCACCUCCCAGCGUGUUGGUUAUGAGCUAGGCGCAGGACAGCCUGCACGUGCACGCUGGGCUGCAACAGUUGGUGUUGGUGUCGGGCUUACUUUAGGCUGCUCCAUAUUCGGAUUAGCCAUAGCAUUAAGAUCAGUUUGGGGUAAAAUCUAUACUAAUGAUCCACAAAUUCUUGAUUUAAUUAAAAUUGCACUUCCUUUAUUGGGUAUGGCUGAAAUCGGGAAUGCUCCACAAACUGCAGCAAGCGGAGCUCUCACAGGAUCAGCACGUCCUAAAAUGGGCAUACGAAUAAACCUGGCAGCAUUCUAUUUGAUUGGUUUACCAGCAGUAGUAGUUAUAUCAUUCAAGAUGAAGAUCGGUUUCAAAGGACUCUGGAUGGGGCUGGUUCUGUCGCAAGCAGCGUGUCUGAUAAUGAUGGUAUACACAUUGAUGCAAACUGACUGGAAGCAUCAAGCCAAGAGGGCUGAGGACCUAACUGUGGCUGCGGGACAAGGACACGAUGAAGAUACCGGAACAGAUCUUGUUCCCUAGCAA